AUGCCUCUGGUCAGCAAUGGCUGUGUCCUCAAGCGCAGUGGGCGCGAUCGUAUUAGAAGAUCAUUCUUUCUUCGUAUCCUUUCUCUUCUCUACACUCCACACAUACCACAAUUUGCGAACCUCCUGUUGUUUGACUUGGCACUUCAAGAACCAUUUCCAAUCAACACUUCAACACUACACCAACCAAGAACCCGCUCUCAAGCACUCAGACACCUCAAAUCUCACCAAGUCAACGCCAUAUCAAGCAAGCAGACAAUGGCAGCCAUCACGCCUGAGGUCUCUGCUAUGAGGAGCACUCUGACCACACAACCAGAGAGCACCCCUAUGCUGCCUGGCCUGAGACUACAGCGCGACACUCAGGCUAGCGAUGUCAUCCCGGCCUCUCCCGCACCAACACCAGACGUCGAGAAGCCAAUGAGCCUCAUCCACGCCCUCCAACGCCGCAAGCAGACCAGCCACCUCGACUUCAGCGACGACGACGGUGCAACGCAGGGUCUCGGCACACCUCGCACGAGCACCUUCGAACCCUUCGAAGACAACAUCAGCCCAGCCUGCACCAAGGCCGACGGAGAACAGAACUGCCCCAUCCAUUUCCCCGUUAAUGGCGGAGGCCUCUUCACCGCCAAGGAGUACCUCCAGAAAGCAUGA